AUGAGAUUCGCUGCUGCCGACGAGCCAGCCUCGCUGGCCGAAGUGUGCAAACUGGCCUGGCACACCUUCUACGGCAUGCAGAAGGCGUCCGAGGACUUUGAAAACCUACGGUUCGAGGUCUGGACCAUCGCCAUCAGCCUCGACUCGUUACACAGCGUUGGCACGACUUCACUACUCAUCAAUCGACAACCCGACCGAGCACGAUGGGCGUUGACCUUUUCCAAGAUCCUAUCCUCGUUGGCUUCCGCUCUACGGCCACUGCACAGUAUGGUCCGACUAUACCUGUCCAGUGGUGCCCGAGACCGGGCAUCCAUCAAGAACUGGCUGCUCCAUCCGGACGUCGUGUACGAAGGGCUCACCAUCCAGGAUUUCCGACGGAAGCUGUCCAUGCUGGUGGAGAGCCUGAAUGUCUUUCUAUCGUGUCUGACUCACGCCGAAUUGGCCCGAGCCAAAAGCGCCUCCGAGUCUGAAGAGUUCCGCGUCCUGUCCGAAGUCACCAGCAAUGUCCUUCACAAAUGGGACCAGGAUGUUUCCACCGGCAUCCGGCGACCUGAAGCCCCCAAACCGAUCGAGCCACCGGGCUAUGUCAACGACGACGUCAAAAGCUAUAUGAUGCCACUGCUAAACGGCGGAUCUGGAGCUGGAGCUGGAGCUGGAUCUGCCGGGGUCGGGCUUGGAGUGCAGAGCUCCUACGUCCCACAAGCCGCCAUGCGGCAGCCACGCAGGGCCUCGCCGCCAUCGUCUCAGCAUCCCAACGGUCCGUCCAACCUGGACGACAUCGAGCAAGGCUUCCGCAGCCACAUGCACGCCAUGCGGCGGAUCCGGGAGCAGCUCCGCCAACAGAAGAUCAACAACAACCACUUGACCGACCAGCGGUCGGCCCAUUUCCCGGAAAUGUCACGGACGACCAACCCGAGUCCUCCUCGAACGAACGGCCAUCUUCCACUGACCCCGAUUACGCCGAUUCUACAACGUGAAACCACAUCCGACUCGACGCAGUCGAGGUCGUCGUCCGACUUCUCCGGUGACUAUGCCGACGCGUCGAGCAACAACAGCACCAGCUCGCUGAACGACUCCGAAGGGGGCAGCGUCAUCUCAAACUACCAUCCUGAGGAGACGAAGCUGACAUUGAUCCCAUUUCAUCCGCAGUCGCAGUCGCACUCGCAGUCGUGUUCGGAACCUGCUCGCAAGCGGAAGAGGCAGGCAGAGUUCCGGUUCAAGACUGGCUUGGAGGCUGAGAACAUGCACUCAUACUCGAGCGGUUCCUCGGAUGAUGGCGGAUACGGUCGUAGACAACGCAAGACGGCGCUGGAGGAGCUCUUGACUACGGUUUUGUUUUUUGACAAUUGA